AAACCACUUCUUGUGCAAAGUUCAUAUGAAACACAAACAUUUUAAUCAUCAAAACAGUGAAAAUGUCAAAUGUGAUGCAUAAAUAACUUUCCUUCCCUUAAACAAGCAACAAAACUGUAGCUCUGUAACAAAAUAAUUUAGUAAAAUAUACCAAAAAAUACUCUUGGUGAUAUAUUGAUACAGCAGCCCAUGAUAGCAAUACUGUAUCAUCACAUUAAACGAUACGAUAUAUCGAUAUUUACAUUUUUUGCACACCCCUAGUGAGAUGCAUAUCAUGAUAAUAUCGUAUCCAGCGAUUUGGAUAUCAUUACACCCAUAUACAUUACUGAAAAUGGAUUCUUGUCAUAAUGUUGUGACCAAGUCUCAUUAAAACAGACCUGGAUUUGUGUUUUGUUUCAUUCACACAUGUUUGAGUCACCCUUUAUUAUCAGUCUGUGUACAUCUCCAUAGCUUAAAAUACCACCUUGUGAUGUCAUGAAGUGGCAGUUUUCAAGUUAACAGCUCCUUUUACGUUUAUUUCAGUAGAGAUUGGCAAUUCCAGGACUGAAAUCAUCCAAAUGAUUCUGGUGAAGGUGUAUGAAGUUAAAAAACACAAUGAAUGAGUAACCCUGCACUUUAAAAUAAAUGUAACUGAGUACUACUACACCUGUAAUUGUAUACAAUGAUCCUGAUAUUUUGUUAACCUAUACCUCAGUUUCCUGUGUUACCAGCUCACGCCCCUUUCACGCCCCUCUUUCCUCUACUCGGUGUGGUUGACCAGCGUGGUGUAAGGACAUACCAGGCAUUCCACUAAGAACAGGUCAGUCUUCCUCUCCACUCUUUCUCCAGGACAGAAGCUCACAGUUACGAAUCCGAGCCAGGAUGUCCACAGCGCGGGUCAGUCCCGUUUGAAGAGUACCACAGAGGACUGGACUGGCAGAUUCCCAUGAAUGCCUGAGCUGAUGGACCUUCCUUCGUACGACGAGGCAGAGCAGCACCCACGGGCGCAGGGCCCAGGGGCGCUCCACAUCCCUCCUCCUCCUACCUAUGAUGCCUCUGUGUCCUUGCCCUCCACCCCACCGCCCUCCUAUGGAGAAGCAGUUGAGUUUGUGUCAGAUCAAUUUCCUGUCCUGUCUGUGCCUGUGAGCUCUCAGCAAAACACGGGGGUCUUCAUCCACCCUGCCACAGACGUGCCUGUGGUGGUGAACCAGUCCAUCAGUGUGACUCAGAGCACUCCUGUGGUCAUAUACCAGCCUCAGCCUGUGCCCCUGGUGAUGCCCUCCCAGCUGACUGACAGCCCUGCUCACGUACAUUGCCCUCACUGUGGGCGCACGGGCACCACUCAGAUCUCACAUGUGCCUAGUGGAGCCGCAUGGUGCAUGUGUACUCUGCUGGCACUCGUGGGGUUGAUCUGUGGCUUCUGCCUGAUUCCACUGUUGGUCCGAAGCUUUCAGGACACACACCAUUCCUGUCCACACUGCAACAAAGUGGUGCAUGUUUACAAAAGAUGACCAGCCCUAUCUGCAAAGAGAGGGUCAAACUCAGACUCGGCAGAUUGUCAUGGGUGCAACUUAAUACUUAAAUCUUAACUUUAAUAAUAGUUUCUCCAUGGAUUUACACAUUUGUGUAGUGGUACGUAUCUUUUGUAUAAUGAGUGCACCUAAGGAAUGCUUUUUGCUUCAGAACUGAAGAACCGUCUUGUAUGAAUGGCCAAACAUUUUGUCCAAUUGACAGAACUGAAUUCUCUUUUGCACUGGAACCUCCCUGGAUGACUGAGGGAUUACACGGACACUCACCAAGGAACAAAAACUUUUUAAAGUGGUGGGGCUGCAUGUUUUGGAUACAGUAUGUGUACUGUUCACUUCUCUUAUUAUGUACAUGUCUCAUAUAAAAUAUAUAGCUUUCUAUCUAUCAUGUUGAUAGUUGAAUAAAUGCUUUAAAAUUA